AUGGCAUCGUUACCAAGCAACAAAGGCAAAGUGGCAAUAAUUGGCAGGUACUUUUUAGGCCUCCUGCCUGGGGGAAAACUCCCCUAUAUAAAUAUAGGUAUAAGUAUAUGUGCAUUGAAAAUGGGCAGAGAUUUUCCCCGUGGGCUGAAAUUCAGGGGCUAUCCUGCAAAAAUAACCAUCUCUCUUAGCUCCUCAGCACCAGGGACAUUUGGCCGGGAGGGACAUCUGAGCCCCAGCUAGAGAAAUUCUAUCCUGAUGAUGUAAAAUCUGUCCGGAAUCUGGUCAGCAGCUCUGAUUGGUCAGCGUACUUAAUAUUUAUACAUUGUAUUGUUUUAGCUAUUGUUUAUAAACAACAGACAAAAGACAGACAAUCCCAAAGGUCAAAUGUAAAUGUGAUGAAUCUACUACAAAUUAGUCAAUGUUCAUGGAAUAUAUUCUGCUUUAGAAGUAGUAUAAUAUGAGUUCUGCUGGCCAAGCUCUUUAGCAGAAGACCACAAAACAUAACAUCAAACAAAUUCAUGAUUACCGGAUUUACAUGUAAACAUUGAUUUAUGUCGUCAGUAUGGAAUUUCUGUCGUUGAGGUGCAGACCUCCCUCCUUCCAAAACAUCCUAGCAACAAGGAGCGAGGAGAGAGCUGAUUUUGCAGGCUAUUCAGAGGCGGAUCCAGGAUUUUUAAAUUUAUAUUCACCCUGAAAAGGGAUUGAAAUAGGUACGGUUUGUGAACUUUUCAAAGGGGGUGUUGCAAACCCCUCAAUCCUCUUGCUCAAUCCAUCCCAUCCCAUCCAUGGUUUUUAGAGGGCCCUGAGGCCUGAAAAUGAGUGUGGAAAAUGGCAUGGUUUGGUCUGAAACAGAGUGACUUGGAACCAGAAAGAACACCCCCACCAAGAAUCAGUCCAGGAAGAAACCCUCCUCUCAGAGUCUCCUGAUCCUCCACAUUUGUUUUGAGGAGCUUGAAUUAAUCAACAUUUCAAUCUGGUUGGUUGGCAAAGUGAAAUGACUUGAUUAUGAUUCCAAAGGGUCAGGAGAAGAGGCUUUAUAACAUAUAACAGAAUACUAGAUUAAUUAAGUCAUGUACUAAUGUUGCACGUAAUUUAUGAGUUUAAGCCACCCAAGCUAAAAUUUACUCAUUUCACACUAGUGGAUGGGUGAAAGUUUUUUUUUGCCCUGUUGCAACUGCCAUUUGUUAUUGGAAAAAAUAACACAACCAUUAAGUUUGGUGCGAAAAUUAACUUUUUCCUGUGUCUGUCAAGUGCAAACUAAACAACAAUAAUUUAUUGUUUUUUUGUUUAGUUUGCUAUUGAUUGAUAGCACCUAAUUAUAGCGACAGCAAAUCAUCAGAAAACAUCCUACAGUAUUCUAGAUUAACAGAACAAAAAGAACAACAUCAAAUUUGUAUUUUUAUCUUCUUACCUUGCAGUGGAUUGAUAGGAAGAUGUUGGUCUGUGGUAAGAGAUUUUGUCCUUGAUUUAUUUCAAGUUGACCUGCUGUAUUUACUUAAAAGCCUCAUGGCAACUUAAUCAUUAGAUGGGCUGGGUUCUUAUUUAAAGGAGAUGUUGAAUUUCCAUUUAGCUAUUUCAAGGGAUAGUAACUGCUGGUCUAUGUUAUCCUUAUUUCAUUUUCUUAGUUACUUUGUAGUUUUAGUCUAAGAGUAGUUUUUGUGUGCCCCCUUAAAGACAAACAAAUAAUUUAUAACAAUAUCUUUCAGUAACAACUAUAAAAAUCAUUUUUACUGAUCUUUGACAUUGUCAAUUUCAAAGUAAAAUAUAAAUAGUAACUGGUGCAUUUGCUAGUACUGCAUUGUAUAUAUGUUGUUCUAGUUCAUUUUUUAUCUCAGGUAAUUUUUAUUUUUCCUUUGUUUCAACUUAGUUAGCAUACAUUACCAUACCCAGAAACAAAAGGAAAAUAAAAAUCACUGGAGAUAAAAAGUGAACUAGAACAUUUAUUUGUAAAGAAUUUAACCAUAACAGUGAAGUUCAUAAUGCUCCAGUAUCAGUGCUGUCAACUCUCCCAGGAAGUCCGGGAGACUCCAGAUUUUGGACUUAUCUCCCAGUUUCCAGAUAAAUUUAGAGUCUGAAAUCUCCCAGAUUAUCACUGAAGUGCCAUUUUCUUGUAGAGUCGACUUUUCGACAAUGAAAUUUCAAAUACUUUGCAUUGUUUGAGCUAUUUUGCUGUUAACAUUGCACGUUUUCUCAUAAACUUGAGUAUGCCAUAUUGUAAUAUAAGCAAUGAUGUGAGUGGUGGGAAGUAAAGCAAUCAGGUCAGAUGUUACAUUGCCAACUACAUCUUUUUCUGGCAUCUUCUGUCAUCACAAAUUCGUGGUGAUGGGAGUCAACAAGUAUUUUUUGCACAAAAGACAUCAUGAGCCGUGCAUUAUGACGUCAUCUUUCAUCCCUUCCCAAUCAGUUCUUAAGUAUUUGAAAACCCGGGGGGGCUGACCACGUACGAAAGGAGCAGUGCUGCAGAAUGACUUCAAGAAGCGCUACAAAAGAGCUGUAUAAGGGCUGGCUGCAGCAGUAGCAAAUUUUGGCUGUUUCGCGCUGCAGUGGAAAGCCCUUUGACAGCGAUAAACAGCGCUUUUGCAGCGGUGCAGAAAAUUCCGGAAUCACGAUCUGCGCUGCAAAGUGGCUGCAAAGUGGCUUCGAAAAGACAAAGAACAUUGUUACCCGUAAUGGCCUACCACUCGUUAGUACAAAAAAAAGAAAUGCAGACUUCAAUAAUACAAUAAUCAUGAUACAUGGUAGAGGAGUUGACGAGGCCUUACUAGCAGAGUAAAAACCACUAGAAAGUCAAAAUGCAACUGAUACUUUUAAUUAUUAGUAUCCAGGCGUACACGUUACAAAAGUACAUGACAUAACAAAUCUGCAACAGUCUCGCUUUGUAAAUAUUCAGGAAUCACGGUCACUCAUCUAAAUGUAAGAACAUCCAUUAACAUGCAGACAUUGAAAUUGAUCUUUUUUAAAAAUAAAGAGAAUAACAGCGAUUGUUCUAGAUAAAGUUUACACGGACAGCAGCCAAGUUAUUAUUUUGAUUCGUUGCAACGGGUUAAGCCUGACAUCGCUCACCUUGACGUUUUGUCCAUGAUCCACGAUCUGCUACACUUUUUUCAUGAAAGAAAUCAACCCAAUUUUACUUUGGUCGUCGUUAAAUUUUACAAUGGACUAAGGAACAUACAUGAACGUUUUUAAGUGUAAGUUCAUGGGAACUCCAGCUGAGAUUCUUGUAUCUGUGCUGAUUGCUCUGGUUUGAUUCGUUGGUACUUAGCGUAGAAGUCACUGUACAGUGCAUUGUUUACAAAUACCUUUGAGCUGUUCCAUCCAAAAACAUCAACAGAACUUCCAUCUCGAAACAGAACUAGAUGCAAUAAACUUAUGAAUGUUUGCGCCUUUCAUUCAACGGUCGCAAAUGUUUUUCUCUGAGGUGUGCAUGUAAUUGGAUCUCAUGCAAAAGUACCGACCAAUUAGAUUACGACUUAGAAUGUCUCCAGGGAAUUAGCGAUAACAUUCCCACACUCGCAAGUCAGUGCGGAAUGAAAUUUAUUGAAAUCUUUUUUCAGAAAGCAUAGAAUAGGUGGUUUUCACGUUAUGUCAUCACCGCCAUGCUGGUGGAUGGUAACCAAAGAUUGCUCAUUAGCUCGCUUUGUUUGUCCACCGGCAUUUGUUCAUUUUACCAUUGUUACUUGUGUCUCCCGAGAUUGCAUGAAAACCACCUAUUAGGAGGUUUAUUCAAUAAGUAAUCUUCCCUCACUCAACAGCCCACAAGCUCGCUCACAUUUCUUAGACGUACAGUCAAAGUUUUCUCGUUAUAAAAGCCGUAAUCUGUGGCAAGGCUUUUCUGGCGAUUCAUGUUACGGACGCUCAAGAACGUUGCGCUAUCAGAUCGACCGAAGCUGAAUUGCAGCGUUACUGCAGCUACUUCGCAGCAUUUUAAAGUCGGCAACUGCGCUGCAAAACUGCUGCCGAGAGCUUCAAAGGCUGCACAGCACUUUUGCAUCCCGCUGCAACUUGAAUUAAGCUGCUGUUUGGCUUCUAAAAUGCUGCUAAACAGCUGUAAUUUAGCUGUACGGCUAUUUUGAAGCGAUUUUGUGGCGCUGUACAGCGCUGCAAGUUUUGUACGGAACAGCCCUGCAGUAUAUCCUUAGCAACCAUGGUGCCACAUAUAUUUGUUAAGUGGGUGCAGCACAUUUGUGGGUGGAGUUGAUUUUAACAUUUUUAUUUUAAUUAUGCCCCAGUGCCGUGUCUAAAGUACACGUCACAUUCCACAGGUCAAUAUUACAGGUCACUGCUCCAUCAAUAAAUUAUGAAACCACACAGAUUCAAUCCCCUCAAUCUAAUAGAGCAUUUUAUUAAGAGGUUAGGGCUUGGAGGCACUUUUAAUGCUAUUCAUUUAUCUGUAUCAUGGUGACCUGUACUCUAGCGGACCUGUGGAAAAGUGACCUGUAUUUUAGACCUACCAUUUGUGAAGCAGAAGUUGCACUGACUCCCAGGGGGGUACUCCCAUACAUUACCUAUACGGGUAUGUGCCGCCCAAAGGGGUCGUGAUUUUGAAGCUCCUGAUUUAGAACGGGGUAUCCAUUUCAGAGGCGUUUUCUAGAACGGGGUAUAAUAUUUCAAACGCACAAAAGCUCCAGUUUUGUAAGCAGCCAUUUGAAAUUAUUCAAGGACAGAUUGCUUUUAAAGAUACGGUUCAAUGCGUUAACAAGCAAACUGUUGUGCUCUUUGCACCUUAGAACGGAGUAUAAAAAAUUGGCCCAUUUCUAGAACGGGUAUCGACCAAUUUUUAGGGCGAAUUCUAGAACGGGGUAUCAAUUUUAGGGGAAAUUUUUUUAGAACGGGGUGCCAAUUUGGAGUCCAGGGCGGCACAUACCCACCCAAAAAAUACCCAAGUGCCCCCGGGCACUGACUUCACCCAUCAAUAACAUUAACUUUGCAAACCCUGGUGAACAAGUCCAUAAUUUCAGAAUUUAUUUUUCAGCUAUUUUCCAGUGCUGGUUACAAUGUUGCUCUCUAUGAUACUGUUGCCAGUCAACUGAGCACAGCGCUAACUAGCAUUGAGGCUCAGCUGUGCGACAUGGAAAGUAAAGGACUGAUGCGUGUUGAUGGCAUGACGGCUCAGAAGGCUUUACAGCUAGUGUCAAGCUUUGAUGAUCUUCAAAAGGCAGUGGAUAGUGCUCUAUAUGUGCAGGUUGGUAAAUCAACAUGCAGAUUGUCCAGACUUCAUUUUGGUAUUUAUGAGAAGAAUUUUUCUCACAACUUGAUAAUAAUUUAUGGAUAACAUUGUACCUCAUUAGUAAAGCCCAAGGUGGUUGAUAAAUUAACCACUAGAUAUUUCUUCUUUUAAAUCUUCCUGAUGAAUGCAUGUGCUAGUUAUUGUAGUCACUGUAAAUCAUUUUCUCCUAACAAUAAUCAAUACAUAAUUGAGAGAAAAGACUGUGAGAAAUUAUAAAAUAAUCAUCAAAGGAAAAUACCUUUUUCUUUCAUUACUCUCUCACAACUAUAAAGUUCCUUGAGAAAAUUUAUGGAGGUCGAAUGUGGAAGCAUCAUAUGGCUUUAAUUUUAUAAGAGGGAUGGAAAAGACCUCACUUCUGGUUGGUGUCUGUCACUCAAAGACACCUCUGCUUUAAAAGCUCCGUAAUGUCUUGACAAAUGCCUAAAAGAGAGAAUAUAUUGAGUGGGUCAUAUUCUAGCAAAGGUUCAUGUUUUAGGAAUGCACUCCAGAAAAUGUGGACUUGAAGAAAAAGGUGUUUGCCAGUCUGGACAGUUUUGUCACAUCUGAUAAAACAAUUUUGGCCAGUUCCACCUCCUGUCUUGUUCCAUCAAAGUUUACUGAAUCUUUGACUCAUCGAAAGCAGUGUAUUGUGGCUCACCCGGUAAGUAUUAUGAUGUCUGUUUAUCAUUGAUUUUGUUUAUCUGUUUAAUUACAGUUUCAUUACCAACAAAAUUGGAUGAUAAGUUUAUUAACUGUACACUGUUCACAGUCUCCUAUUUUGCUGUAAGAUAGUCAAGAUCAAGCAAUUUGCGUUACUGGUAGCUAUCUUGGUGACAAAAAAAAUAUAGGGGACUGUGAACAGUCCAUAUUAACAGUUUCUUAACCAUAAGACGUGUUAGGCCAUCAAAUUUUUCUUGAUGAUAUUUUACUACAACUACCAAAAUUCAUUUUGUUUUUGCAAUGUUAUUUAAACUUGUCACUCUUGAGAUUUUAUAAGCAAAAGCCCUAAUGAGAGAAAACAUUCAAGAGCAAAUAAUAUCCUAUUACAGCAUGCCUAAUUACCCGUUCUGUCCAAUUACCUACAGUGUAGGCAUCAUGCAUAUUAGUAUAGGUAAUAGCAUGAUUUGUAGUGAUAUUUGGCAGACCAUGAGUGAUAUUUCAAAACUGUUGUACGUAAUUUGACAAGCCGUUAGGCGAGUGAAAUUUGAGACAAUUUUUAAAUAUCACUAGUGGUAAUUAUGCCAAAUAUCACGUACAAAUCAUGCUAUUAUUUGUUUAUACUACUACCCGCAAAAAAUGUCCUGGGGGAGCAUACCCCUGUGGGCCCCCUAGAAGCUCUGCACCUUCGGCUCUCGUUUAGGAAAUUGGUCAGUAUUUAUCCUAGAUCCGCGCGUCUCUAUACAUGUACCUGACCUUAGAAGUGAAGCCUGGGGAAAGAUUAUAUUCAGCACUUAUGAUUUAAUCUUUCUGACUUAUCCACCAUUAAUUAACUUUUUAACUGGGCUGCCUGUAAGGCAAAUCCAGUUCAUAAAAUGGGAUUUUCCCGUCAAGUAAUGAACACUAUCAAUAUUGUCAACUUAGUAUCUUUCUGGUAAAUUAAGUCUUGUAUGAGUACGUGCUAUCCAGCCCUCCAAAUUAAGACGUAAUGGAUAUAUACUCUGACAUUUACUUUCGCAGUAUGACCCCCAGAAAAAUCCUAACUAGGGGGUUACCUUUUGAGGUUUUUCUUCACAUUUGUUGAAGUUUAAACCUUUUGAUGAGUUUUUUCCCUUCCAAAACGUUACUGCAAAUCUCUCUCUGUGUGUACAUCCAUUGAAUAAAGACGUCUCUCAAGCUAUCAUUGGCACUAUUUUUCAGUCUCUUCUUCAAAAGAUGGUAGGGUGGGUCGCUUUCGUGGUUUCUCUUCACGUUAUGUUGAAGUUUAAACCGUUGCCAAUUGUUGUUUGUUUUACACUGUGCGACUUCCAUCUACAAGUAAGCCUCUUCUCCUUCCUAAGUAGGUUUUUUUUUUCUAGAUAAAUCCUCCAUAUUAUGUGCCACUGGUUGAAAUUGUGCCCGCACCUUGGACAGAUAGCGAUGUAGUAGAUCGUACAGUGGCAUUAAUGAAGGAAAUUGGACAGGCACCUGUUGUGACAAAGAAAGAAGUGAAUGGAUUCAUCUUCAACCGCUUACAAUAUGCUAUUAUCAUGGAGGCCUGGAGACUAGUGGAGGUGAGAGAAGUUGGGCUAUAACUGGAUACUAUUGAAAUGUAUAUUCAAGUUAAUGUCACUUAGGCUGCAUUGAAGACUGUGUAAAUAGGGAAAUGUCAGCAAGAUGUAGUGUCAUUGAAACUUAAAUGCAAAGGGUAUGACUCCUACAUGAAGGGAACUGGGAUGCUUCCCGGAAAAUAGUAGUUUUGACGGAGGCCAAUUAGCGAAUGCCGGGAUUAACUAUAUUACAAUUACCGCUUUGGUCCAGUUUAUGGCCAGUGUGUCUACGUGAAUGCCAUAUAAAACCGUUUAUUAUAUUUCCUUAAAUAAGCGUCCAUGCCCUAAUGACCGCCCUCCCGGAAUAAGCGCCCACUCCGUGCCGCCCGUCUCGAAUAGCCGCCCCCUCCCCCUUCGUCUCAGUUUGUUAAAUAGUAGGGAUACAAGAGGAAUGCAAACUUCAUAUCAUUGACGAGGAUGAUCUCCAGGCAGCCUCGUCCCCAGUGCUUUUCCUUUAGGAAAUGGGACGAGGCUGUAUCUCGGGGAUGAUGAUAUGGUCGACAUUUUGUAAUCAUGCAUAUCGAUAUCGAUACAUCUGUGUUAAGUAUUUAAUGGGACUAUGGUGCGCUUGAUUACAACCACUGUUUUAACAAACGAAAGACUAUUAGUAUUAACUUUGCGUUACAAAGUUGGUCUUCGUUGGGAGGAAAAUUCAGUAAUAAGCGCCCCCUUCUAUUAAGCUCCCUCCUUCAAUUAAACGCCCCUCUUUUGAGCUGUAAUUUUAAUUAAGCGCCCAGAUGCUUAUUCGAAGAAAUUUGGUUCCUGUAAGAUACAAUACUCGUUGUAGGAUGGUGUCUGUUCUCCGGAAGAUGUGGAAACAACAAUUACAGAGGGUCUUGGUCUGCGUUACUCUCUUAUUGGUCCAUUUGAAACUAUGCAGCUAAAUGCCAAUGGUAUGUUACUUGUACCGUCGUCAAAUCCUUUCCGGUUUAGUUUUAGUUUUAAUUAACGGCAGGGUUCUAUCUAGGAUUUAUCGUUUGGAGAAGUCCCGAAUGGCCGAAGGCGACGAGCUUCCUUGGGGGGGUCCGGGGGCAUAUCCCCCCGCACAUUCUGCGAAAUGAAUAUGCCCUGAGGUGCAAUCUGGUGCAUUUUGAGACACACCGUGCACUGACCUUGUCGCGUCUGGAUGAUUUUUCUGAUAUAGUCACUUAUAUACUGUAAUGAGAACAAUAUUUUUUUGGGGGGGGGGGAGAGAAGCAGGGCAUUUUUGGGGGGGGGGAGCUUCUACCCCUAAAAUACCCUAGACAGAACCCUGAACGGCCCAUAGGUCAUUUAAUAUGUUACUGGAUUACACCUGGUAUAGACGCUGGUAAAAGAACUGCUGACUGGUCUUUGAAUGGUCUCUUUAUCAACAGAUUUCAUCCAGAGUAUCAAACUAAGAAAGUAACAAAGUAACAAACAACGAUCCUUAAUACUAAAUCAGGAGCUAAAGCAUGUUAAGCUGUGUUUUGAGACCUGAAAUGGACUAAAUGCUAAAAAUUCAAUACCCACCCCAUACAGAGUACUCCAUAAUUCCCUUAUCCCAGAUUAACUAUUACAUUGGUUAGAAACAUUAUCCCCAUUGUUUCUCACGUCGCGAUCCUGUGGAGCGAUCUGCAACUCUCACAGGUAAUCAACAAAGUUUUAUACGGGGAGGCACCGCCCUGAGGUCCAACCUCCUACCCCUUUAUAUACCAUUUUUAGCUGAAAAGGUAAGGUACCCCUUUCGUAGACCUUGUAUUGACAACUGGUACCCCUUUCAAAUACCUAGCUCAGAACUUUGCAUCCCUUUUAACUCCUGUAAAUGUACUUUCUUUCAAAUAUGAAACCAGCACGUUUUCUCGACUAUUUUACUGUCAUACAAUGAGUCUGUUAGGCCUUUUGAUCCUUUUUACAGACCGAAAUAACAGAUUUCCCUACCCUUUUAUAUACUUCAACAAGUAAAAUCGCUACCCUGUCAUAUACCUGAAACCUAAAGAAAAAGGUAUCCCUUUCGGGCAGAGCCUCCCCGUAUAGGCCAUCAUAGGGGGUGCCCCCCUCCCGGGCCUGCAACGGGCUGGUUAGACUUCAAAGUCCUUCGCUGCUUCUUUCCGGUUCUGCUCUCUCGCUCGCUUUGCUGCCGAAAACCUUAGAAUUCUCCUGCUCGAGCUUCGCGCUCGAGAAAAAUUUUGAGCUCGACCUGUGGGCAAGUCUACUUGCUGGUUAGUUCUUGAUGCUUCUGUGUACUGUCGUUACCCCAAUAGUUAAUAUAUCAUUAUGACUGUAUCAUUAUGAGGUCACUUUCUUCAUUUAUCUUGAAGGCAUCAGAGAUUACUGUGAACGAUAUGGAGCAAACAUCAAGCAUGUUUGUGAGGAGCAAGGCGGGCCUCGUUCACUGAGCGGCGAGACACUUGACAAGCUGGAGAAAGAAUUAAACCAGACCAUGCCUUUAGAGCAACUGAACGAAAGAAGGAGCUUGCGAGACAAAAGGCUGGCUGCACUGGCGAUUCACAGACAGCACGAGGAUAAGGAAAAUGAAUCGUAAUUCCAACCUAUGCCAAUUUGAAUUUUCCAAGGUAAAAAAUGCAGAGUGGUAUCUGGUCACUUAUGUCCUUUUAGCCUUAAAUUGAAUUCCAAGAAACCUACCAAAUCCCCGUGGGGGUACUGCCAUAUAUGGGCUAUAUAGGUAUGUGCCGCUGUGAAGGGUAUGGUUUUCAAGCAGUUUACUCUAGGAUAGGGUAUACAAAAUAAAAGCGUUUGGCUCUAGAAUAGGGUAUCAUUUUUCAGGAAACUGAUCAGUUAGUUGAAGAUUUUAUCUAGACUAGGUACACAGCUACUCUAGGAUAGGGGGAUUUGGGGAGUUUACUCUAGUAUAGGGUAGCAAAAUUCAGCUGAACCAGCUCUGGUAAAGGUUAAGGGUUCCAGGCUCCCAGCGGCACAUCCCCAUCCAGAAAUUCCUAAAGUACCCCCCCCCCCGGACCAAAUCCCUAUAAUUACGUAUACAUGAAAAGAUCGACGUGUGAAUCAGCUUAAGCUACGUGCAAACCGUGUUGGCAGUGGUGUGCAAACGGAUGCAACGUUUCCCAACAAUGUUCGGACCUGCAGUGCAUCAUGAGAAGGAUGCAACCCAUAAGACUUUGUAAACUCCAAGGAGACCAUGGGUGCAAUCCAUUCGACCAAAAUUUCCGGAAAUUUCGGUCUAAAACUCAGUGGAUCGGUUCGGUCCAACCGGAAAAGUUUCGAAAAAACUGGUCCACCUUUUGAGGGGACCACUUUUCCCGGUCGGACCGGUCGGAAUUUUGAUUGAAUUAAAAUGCGCGUGCGUUACCGCAGUCAUUAAUGUUGGAAGAGCUGUGCUAAUGGAUCCAACAUUGCUGCGCUAGCUUCGGCGAUCACGGAACCAAAAAAAAGUUGAGAGUUGGUGACUCAAUUUCAGACUGUGCGCAACAACUUCCGACAACACCCAACAACAUGCAACAGGGUGUGCAAACGGACGCAACAUGUAACAUCCAACAAUUUUGGGAGUUGUUGACCAACAAUGUUGCGUCCGUUUUCACGGGGCUUAAGUCUGACAUAUCUAAUUUGGGUCGACCCAUGAAUUAAGUUCGUUGAUCGGUUUCGAUCCGUCUUCUCUCAUAGUAAUAACGGUGGUUGGGUUGUUUUAUUUAGUCAAAUCGUCAGUUUGUUCAGUCAUUCUAUAAUUGCCUAGUUGCCUUUUGUUUUAAUCUCCUAUUUUUUUUCUUUCGCAGGGACUACAUGAUUGUUUUACGAGGCGGACAAACAAUCACCGACAUAAAAAUAAAACAGAUGCUUAAUUCAAAUCUACUGUAAACUGCCGCUAAUAAGCCCAGGGGUUAUACAUCUUUGUAAGGGGUUUAAGGAGAGCCUAUAAACGGAGGGGCUUAUAUGCGUAAGGGCUGAUAACCGAAAUAGAAAAAGUGCUGCGAAACAUGCUAAAGCAGUGCUGAUAAAAA